UAACAGUCGCUUGAAGAGAAAAUGGGCUGCUAUCGAUGUGGUACGGAAGAACGACAAAAUAAUUAGGUUUAAGGCGAAACUCCAGGAAGCAAAACUGGAUCUCUUGAUAGCCCAGCAAACUUCGGCAGCACAUGCACAUUUCCUUAGUCACAAAACCAACCAGGAGUCAUUUACGAUGCUGAAUCAAGGGCUUGCGGAGCUUUGUGAGAAGCUCACGUACUCGAGUAGCACUGUUACUCCGUCGUUGAUUGGACGGGAGUCGGUUAUUCCCUCUGAUGUCUCCACUGAGAUACACCAUGCGGCUUCAAUUUGGGGAAAUCGAACCCUUCAAUCUGGACUCGAGACACAACUCACACAGGUGGUGCAGAACACGUUCAAUAAUGUAAUGGUAGAGCAUGGCCAAGAGAAUGUCGUCCUACCGUUUGGAACUGGAGACCAUCUUAGUCCUCGACUUGGACAGUUUCAAGAAAGGCGAGGUCGUCGAAUUGUUAACAGUUCCAAUAGAGUGACUCGAACACCGUUGGGCGAAAUGCGUUGCACGGUUUCCACCUAUAGACUUGACCAAGAUACGACAGACCUUGAGCUCGAAGAAGUUGACAGCGAGGAAAACUUGGAGAUAGAGACAACGUUUAGCCUCGUCCCAUCUUGGUGGAUUGUCAAGUUCGGAAUGGCUAGAAUGUUCAAGUUCGAUAUUAUGCAAUUUAGCAGGCAAGGGUGGCAAGCAACAAUGUCAACCUUUAAUCUCGUACCGUCUGAUUCAGCAAUAUUCGAUUUCUGUCGAGAGGGUAAUCUAAAUGCCGUGCGGUCUUUAUUAAGACAUGGCAAAGCUUCAACUAGAGACAUUACGCCAACAGGACUCACUCCACUUCAUGUUGCGGCGAGCUGUUGUGAUGUCGACAUAUGUGCGCUACUUCUCCGAGAGGGUGCAGACCCAAGUUUGCGAGAACAUAGCACUUUCAACAUGUUUGUUCUCUCAUGGUCUCCCCUUAUCAGAUUGUUUAACAGGACUCUAGGACACCUUUUGAGUUUGCAUGUCAGCCGGGCGAUAUUUCACGAGAUCUUCAUACUCUGACGUUCCGACGUGUGCCUAGUCAAAAGUUGGACCUUACGAUCCGACAAUUCUCCAACUUAGAUCA